CCCGGGCUCGCUGCGGGGUUUCUCUCCCCGGGCAGGGGGCGUCCCCUCGCACGCGGGGAUCCCCGGCCUCGGGCAGCCCGGCGCUCGCCCCCGCGGGCAGCCAAUGAGAAGCCGCCUCAGCGGCGGGAGCCGCCCAGUGCCGAGCGGGCCCGGAGCGAGCCGGAGAUCGCCGAGGCUCCCCCUCCGCGCUCUCCCCUUUUCUCUUGCGCCCUUGUGCCCUGGGCGGGGAUUCUCUUCCCUGAUCCCCUCUCCCCCGCCCACCCCACUUGAAACCAAGAUGGAGGAUGGUGGCUGCUGCGGACACCACCGCUGCUAUUGCAGCUGCUGCUCCUGAUCCCUGAAGAGGCUGCAACACCCCGGUUUCCCCUCCCACCAGCUUCCUGCUGCACUGAUUGCAAUCGCCCUCCAUGCACGCACCCCCUUCCUCCUGCAAUUGUCUCUGCUUCUGCUCUCCCUGCCUCUUGCCCGCAUGCACUGAAUCUGUGCGUGCACACACAGCCCCCUAGGUGGCUGCUGGAGGGUGAAGGGGGGACUCCCGUAGCGCUGCAAUUGCACGCAUACCUUCAUGUUCCUCUAUUUAUUGUUGCCACUGGCAGCCACCCCCACCUCGGUGCAUUACUCUGUUGCCUGGAUUUCCGCGUUGGCUGCUGCUGGAAGGUGAAGCCGGGACCUGAAGACAAAACAUAGACACACCUUCCUCUUCCCAGGCACCAGCGGGGGAGCCGUGAGUGGAUCAGGGUGGUGGUGGUGGUGGGGGGAUCUUGUCUGGAGGAGCCGCCACUGCACACAGCAGCCAUGAGUAGCUCCACUACCACCACCUCCACGACCAGCAGCAGCAACGCCGGGGAAGGGGCUGAGGAGGCGGCCAAAGACUCUGCAGACAUCGUGGCGUUUUUCCGAUCCGGGUUUCGCAAAAAUGAUGAAAUGAAGGCUAUGGAAGUAUUACCAAUUUUAAAGGAAAAAGUUGCCUAUCUUUCAGGUGGCAGAGAUAAACGUGGAGGCCCCAUUCUAACAUUUCCAGCUCGCAGCAACCAUGAUAGAAUACGACAAGAGGACCUUAGGAGACUAAUAUCAUACUUAGCUUGUAUCCCUAGUGAAGAAGUUUGUAAACGAGGAUUCACAGUGAUUGUAGACAUGCGUGGAUCUAAAUGGGACUCUAUUAAGCCUCUGCUGAAGAUUUUACAGGAAUCCUUUCCCUGUUGUAUUCAUGUUGCACUGAUAAUCAAGCCAGACAACUUCUGGCAAAAACAAAGGACUAACUUUGGCAGCUCUAAGUUUGAAUUUGAGACUAACAUGGUAUCUCUGGAAGGCCUUACCAAAGUAGUUGACCCCUCUCAGCUAACUCCAGAAUUUGAUGGCUGUUUGGAGUAUAACCAUGAGGAAUGGAUCGAAAUCAGAGUUGCCUUUGAGGACUACAUUAGCAGUGCAACCCAUAUGCUGUCCAGAUUGGAGGAACUGCAGGAUAUACUGGCUAAAAAGGAAUUGCCUCAGGACUUGGAGGGUGCUCGAAAUAUGAUUGAGGAGCAUUCACAACUGAAGAAGAAAGUCAUUAAGGCCCCUAUUGAGGACCUUGACUUGGAAGGACAAAAGCUGCUCCAGCGGAUACAGAGCAGUGAAAGUUUCCCCAAAAAGAACUCUGGGUCAGGGAACGCAGACUUGCAGAACCUUUUACCCAAAGUAUCCACCAUGUUGGACCGGCUGCACUCAACUCGGCAGCAUCUGCAUCAGAUGUGGCAUGUGCGGAAGUUGAAACUGGACCAAUGUUUUCAGCUCAGGCUGUUUGAGCAGGAUGCUGAAAAGAUGUUUGACUGGAUCACACACAACAAAGGUCUGUUUCUGAAUAGUUACACAGAGAUUGGAACCAGUCACCCCCACGCCAUGGAGCUGCAGACGCAGCACAAUCACUUUGCCAUGAACUGUAUGAAUGUGUAUGUAAACAUAAAUCGCAUCAUGUCAGUAGCAAAUCGUUUGGUUGAAUCUGGCCAUUAUGCUUCACAGCAGAUUAAACAGAUCGCUAGUCAGUUGGAGCAAGAGUGGAAGGCAUUUGCUGCAGCCUUGGAUGAACGAAGCACCUUACUGGAUAUGUCCUCCAUCUUCCACCAGAAAACUGAACAGUACAUGAACAAUGUGGAUUCAUGGUGUAAGGCCUGUGGUGAGGUAGAGCUUCCUUCUGAACUACAAGAUUUAGAAGAUGCCAUUCAUCAUCAUCAAGGAAUAUAUGAGCAUAUCAGCCUGGCUUACUCAGAGGUGAGCCAAGAUGGGAAGUCGUUACUUGACAAACUUCAGCGACCUUUGACUCCUGGAAGCUCUGACUCACUAACAGCUUCUGCUAACUACUCCAAGGCCGUGCAUCAUGUCCUGGAUGUCAUCCAUGAAGUACUGCACCACCAGCGACAACUGGAGAACAUUUGGCAGCAUCGGAAGGUCCGCCUGCACCAACGGCUUCAGCUGUGUGUUUUUCAACAGGAUGUCCAACAGGUAUUGGACUGGAUUGAGAACCAUGGAGAAGCUUUCCUUAGCAAACACACCGGGGUAGGAAAGUCCCUGCAUCGGGCCAGAGCUUUGCAGAAACGCCAUGAAGACUUUGAAGAAGUAGCACAGAACACAUAUACCAAUGCAGAUAAAUUGCUAGAAGCAGCCGAGCAGCUGGCUCAGACGGGAGAGUGUGACCCAGAAGAGAUUUAUCAAGCUGCACAUCAGUUGGAAGACAGAAUACAGGAUUUUGUGAGGCGUGUGGAGCAACGCAAGAUCCUGCUGGACAUGUCUGUGUCUUUUCACACUCACGUUAAAGAGCUGUGGACAUGGCUCGAGGAGUUACAAAAAGAGCUGCUUGAUGAUGUCUAUGCAGAGUCUGUGGAGGCUGUACAAGACUUGAUCAAACGCUUUGGCCAGCAGCAACAGACCACUUUACAGGUUACAGUCAAUGUCAUCAAGGAAGGGGAGGAUCUUAUACAGCAACUAAGGGAUUCUGCCAUUUCUAGUAACAAGACCCCUCACAACAGUUCCAUCAAUCACAUAGAGACAGUUCUGCAGCAGCUGGAUGAGGCCCAGUCUCAGAUGGAGGAGCUUUUUCAGGAACGCAAGAUCAAGCUUGAACUCUUCCUGCAGCUACGCAUAUUUGAGAGAGAUGCAAUAGAUAUAAUUUCAGACCUUGAAUCGUGGAAUGAUGAGCUCUCUCAGCAGAUGAAUGACUUUGACACUGAAGAUCUUACGAUAGCAGAGCAGAGACUCCAGCACCAUGCAGACAAAGCCCUGACCAUGAAUAACCUGACCUUUGAUGUCAUCCACCAAGGACAAGAUCUGUUGCAGUAUGUCAAUGAAGUGCAGGCCUCUGGUGUGGAGCUGCUUUGUGACAGAGAUGUAGAUAUGGCAACUCGUGUUCAGGAUCUGCUGGAAUUUCUUCAUGAGAAACAACAGGAGCUGGACUCGGCAGCGGAACAGCAUCGGAAACACUUGGAACAGUGUGUACAGCUGCGCCACCUGCAGGCUGAAGUCAAACAGGUGCUGGGCUGGAUCCGAAAUGGGGAGUCCAUGUUAAAUGCGGGGCUUAUCACGGCUAGCUCCCUCCAGGAGGCAGAACAGCUGCAAAGAGAACAUGAGCAGUUCCAGCAUGCUAUAGAGAAAACACAUCAAAGUGCACUGCAGGUGCAGCAGAAAGCAGAGGCGAUGCUGCAGGCUAAUCAUUAUGAUAUGGAUAUGAUCAGGGACUGCGCUGAGAAAGUUGCUUCUCAUUGGCAACAGCUGAUGCUCAAGAUGGAGGACCGUCUCAAACUUGUGAACGCUUCCGUGGCCUUCUAUAAAACGUCAGAGCAGGUUUGCAGUGUGCUGGAGAGUCUGGAGCAGGAAUAUAAGCGGGAAGAAGACUGGUGUGGGGGAGCAGACAAACUGGGUCCCAACUCUGAAACAGAUCACGUGACCCCUAUGAUAAGCAAGCACCUUGAACAAAAAGAAGCGUUCCUGAAGGCUUGUACGCUGGCUCGGAGGAAUGCUGAUGUCUUCCUGAAAUACCUGCACAGGAAUAGUGUAAACAUGCCAGGGAUGGUAACUCACAUCAAAGCUCCUGAACAACAAGUCAAAAAUAUCUUAAAUGAACUCUUCCAGAGGGAGAAUCGCGUGCUGCAUUACUGGACAAUGAGAAAAAGGCGCCUUGACCAGUGUCAGCAGUAUGUGGUCUUUGAAAGAAGUGCCAAACAGGCUUUGGAAUGGAUCCAUGACAAUGGAGAGUUUUAUUUAUCCACGCAUACUUCCACUGGUUCCAGUAUCCAUCACACUCAAGAGCUUUUAAAAGAACAUGAAGAAUUUCAGAUCACUGCAAAGCAAACCAAAGAGAGGGUGAAGCUGUUGAUACAGCUGGCUGAUGGCUUUUGUGAAAAAGGGCAUGCCCAUGCAGCAGAGAUUAAAAAAUGUGUCACAGCAGUGGACAAGAGGUACAGAGACUUCUCUCUGCGCAUGGAGAAAUAUAGGACCUCUUUAGAAAAAGCCCUGGGGAUUUCUUCUGAUUCAAAUAAAUCGAGCAAAAGCCUGCAGCUGGAUAUAAUCCCAGCUAGUGUUCCUGGAUCAGAGGUGAAACUGCGAGAUGCUGCUCAUGAGCUUAAUGAAGAAAAGCGAAAAUCUGCCCGCAGGAAAGAGUUCAUUAUGGCUGAGCUAAUUCAGACAGAAAAGGCUUAUGUAAGAGACCUCCGGGAAUGUAUGGAUACGUAUCUGUGGGAAAUGACCAGUGGCGUUGAGGAGAUCCCACCUGGUAUUGUAAACAAAGAACACAUUAUCUUUGGAAACAUGCAGGAAAUCUAUGAGUUCCAUAAUAACAUAUUCCUAAAGGAGCUGGAGAAAUACGAACAAUUACCAGAAGAUGUUGGGCACUGCUUUGUAACUUGGGCAGACAAGUUUCAAAUGUAUGUUACAUAUUGUAAAAAUAAGCCAGAUUCUACUCAGCUGAUAUUGGAGCAUGCAGGAGCAUAUUUUGAUGAAAUACAACAGCGGCAUGGAUUGGCCAACUCCAUCUCCUCUUACCUUAUCAAACCUGUCCAGAGGAUAACAAAAUAUCAGCUUCUCUUAAAGGAGCUGCUCACUUGCUGUGAAGAAGGUAAAGGCGAGAUUAAAGAUGGUCUGGAGGUGAUGCUUAGUGUGCCAAAGCGAGCCAAUGAUGCCAUGCACCUCAGCAUGCUGGAAGGAUUUGAUGAGAAUAUUGAAUCUCAGGGAGAGCUCAUCCUUCAGGAAUCCUUCCAAGUUUGGGACCCCAAAACUUUAAUCCGAAAGGGUCGUGAGAGGCAUCUCUUCCUUUUUGAGAUGUCCUUGGUCUUCAGUAAAGAGGUGAAGGACUCAAGUGGGAGGAGCAAGUACAUAUACAAGAGCAAACUGUUUACUUCAGAGCUGGGUGUCACGGAGCACGUAGAAGGAGAUCCGUGCAAAUUUGCACUGUGGGUAGGAAGGACACCAACUUCUGACAACAAAAUUGUGCUUAAGGCUUCCAGUAUAGAGAACAAACAAGACUGGAUCAAGCACAUUCGGGAAGUGAUACAAGAAAGAACCAUUCAUCUGAAAGGAGCAUUGAAAGAGCCAAUCCACAUCCCCAAAACAGCUCCAACAACUAAGCAGAAAGGAAGGAGAGAUGGAGAGGACCUGGACAGUCAGGGAGAUGGCAGCAGCCAGCCUGAUACUAUUUCAAUUGCAUCACGAACUUCCCAGAACACACUAGACAGUGAUAAGUUGUCAGGUGGCUGCGAGUUGACUGUGGUCAUCCAUGACUUCACAGCAUGCAACAGCAAUGAGCUGACAAUCCGCCGUGGUCAGACAGUGGAGGUUCUAGAGAGGCCACAUGACAAGCCCGACUGGUGUCUAGUACGAACCACAGAUCGAUCCCCUGCUGCAGAAGGGCUAGUUCCCUGUGGGUCGCUCUGCAUUGCCCACUCUAGAAGCAGCAUGGAGAUGGAAGGUAUCUUUAAUCACAAAGUUGGAUCUUUGUAGAAACAAAGGAUUACUUUGGUAAUCCUCCUCAGUUCCACAGUAACUUUCUUCCUCUUCAAAACCACGACACAGACUGAAGCAUGAAACAACUUCAUUUUGAAUAUAUUUCUGAAAUCCAUGAAGACAUAUUGUUAAAGCUCGUCGAUUCCUGCAGUCAUGGCUUUACAAGAAGCACUGAAAAACCGUCUCAGAAGUUUCCUACUUUACAUGAUAGUUGGAAAAUUAUAGGAUAUCCGAAAGCUAAAAUGGGCUUCAGCAGUUGGACAUAGCCAGCCUCUUCUCUUCUAAUAUAAAUAGCUAAUUCCUGUGUGGCAUUUAUUUAAAAAAAAAAACUAUAUAUAUUCUCAAGGGGAUUUCACUGCCAUCAAAUGUAAAAAAAAAAAAAAAAAAAAAAUCAUGUUAGUUGUGUUAAUCAUGUUAGUUAGCAAAAUUAAUUCUCAAUUAACUAUCUAAAAUCUGGAUUUCUAUGGUAACUAGAGAGCUAAAAGGGUUUCAUUUCAGGAAAGCCUAGUGCUUGCGGCCAAUCUAAACACCCGUGGUGGUCAGUCUACGUCAAAUAAAACACAGCACAGUGUCAGAUUUUAUUCAGGCUAUAUUAGAAAAUGCUAGAUGACCAAAACAUUGAUUUGGGAGUAUUCUGCACUGAGGCACAGCUGUUGGCAUUAUUUUUUUUAUAAAUAAAGCAUAUUCAUAGUUUAUAAUAUUAAAAUGUCUGUAAUGCUGAGCAGGAAAUGGAACUUACAAGAAAACUUGUUUUUAGGUAACAUUUUUAUUAUAUGUGAGAACAGGGAGCACAUGGCAGGUAAAGGAGAUUUAAUUCAUAUAGUGGGUAUUUAGUGACUCAAGGCUGGAUUGCCACAUAACUGAUACCUGAGGCUGAUCAUAAAAGCUGAGCAGCUUCUGCAACUUGUUCACAGUGGAAAAGGCAGAUGACACGUCACACUGGUCUGCCCUCAUGCCUCAAUAGCUCCUCAUUCAAUGUAAGGCUGUAGUCCUUAUAAGAGCCAUAAACAGGAUAAGGCCAAACUACUUGAACAGGUAUCUCUCUCCUGCAGCAUCACUCCGUGACAAAACUUGCCAGAUCUGAAGUUGGUCUGUUGUCAGUCAUUGCCAGGCUAUGGAACUUCUGUUGCAGGAGUUUUGGUUUUAACUCUUGCUUUACAUCAUACUCUAGCUGAUUAAUCUGUUUGUACAAGGGUUCCCUGAAUAUAAGGAGCGACAUUUUCCAAUUCUUCCCCUUUCUUUCCCCAAAGAAAAACUUUCUGUGUUUAGUCCAUAGAGUAGUACCACCCAGAAUCUCAAAACUCCUGAAUUUCACGCCUAGACUGGCUUGUGAUCUGAACAUGUCUAAUACUUGGAUGGAUGGAUAUAAAUCAUAUCUAAUGAAGGUAAAAUAUGACCAAGGUGUGGGCAAGGGCUUUCACAGUGGUGACAGAAAAAAAAAAUGGCUCUGUUUGGGGCAAAGAAGACAAGACAUCAUGCGAAGGAAGGGUCCUGACUUUAAUUGUGAAAACUGGGGAUUCAGGGAGGGGGGGUGUAAAGUAAUAAAAAUGGGAAGGUAAGAUGACUUCAUCAGUGACACUUUAUUUAGGCUGGAAAGGUGGGGAAAGAUACAGAUAAGGUGGUUAAAGUAACCCAGGCUUCAGAAGACCAAGGCAUGGACAAGGAUUUAGAGGUAGAAUGAAUAAGGAGGAAACAACUUAUGUGAAAUACACAGGCAGAUAUGAUGGGACAUAGCAAAAAACUGUAUGUGAGAGAAGGAUAGUUACAAAUAUGAGACACCAAAUUUCCAAACCUGGGCAAGAGGUCAAGUGGUGGAUUUGUCAAAGUGAGUAUGUAGCCAAAUUCUAGUGCAGUCUGCCAUAUCUCUGAGGAUUUGUGUUUUUAGUUCUCUUUUCCUACCACAUCCUACAUUAGCUAUCUUGGAUCUUAUCAGGUCCCAAUAAAACUUCCGGAAAUUAAAUUUCUGAUAGUUUUCUCUCUCUAGCAGAGGUGGAUUUUUUUUCCAAAUCAAAUAUCAGAUUAAUUUUUUUACUAGUUUCUGUUUCUCAAAUUAUAUGUAUCUCUAACAUUUUGAAUUUUCUCAGAAUUAACAGAAUUGAUGGCUCUAUUAAUGAAUAUAUGUUUGGAUCAUGAAGGAUUAGGUUUCACCAUUUCAACCCAUGAGACUGGUCAACUCUGUCUGCAGUUCAUAAGUUACCCCUGUUCAGGCGUAUUAAAAGGCGGUUAAAGAGUUGGCUUCUGAAACUUGAAUAGCGACAAUGAAAUCUUCCUACCCUGUGGGAAGUUAAAUGAACAAAGCAUUACAUUUGAGACAGAGCAGCCUGCAGAGGAGAGAACUGCUCAGGCUGGAUUUGGUAUUCAUUCACUUGAACAUGCUUUGGGUACCAGGCAGCAGCCAUUUUUAUUUAUUUAUUUAUUUAUUUUAAUAUUAGCUGGAAGGGAAAUCGGGGUAUAAAAAGUAUCUGCUUCGGAACAGAUGUAUUUGCACAGCUGAAGCUUUGGAGAUAGAAGGUACAAACCAGCAAUUCUGGCUGGCUGCCUAGGAUUUCCCCGGGGAAUUAGUAUUUUGCAUGUAAUUAGCUUUGCUCAUGGCAAUUUUCUGUACAUUUUUCAGCUAGAUUCAGACAUCGGAUAGGCUGUAGCCAUCACGUUUUGUUUGCGAGAAAUGUCCUUAGUUUAUUGCAUUGAAGACAGAAGUCCUAGAAUAUUAAUUAUUUUCUGUGGUAGUCUUUCCAGGUGCUGUACUCUGCGUUAAUUAAAUUUGCUGAGAAGAGAGGCUGUUAAAAUUAGUUCACCUUUGUACAUACACACUUUCAGCUUCCCUUGCAGUACAGCCCGUCUGAUCAGUUUUCACUCAUACUAAACGGAACCUGCUACAGUAUGUCAUAGCAUUUUAAAUUAAACAAUACUACCACUUUUUAAUAGACGAAUUUGUGCUCUUGCUAAAUAGAAGUGGCUUUGGUUUCAGAUAGCCUCUGAAGCAUGCUGCUUUGAGCUUUCCAGUAUAUGAUUGAGCUUUGGAUUAGGUGAUACCUCUCUGCUUUGGUACACGAUGUCCUCAUUUCAGUACUGUUUUCAGUCAAGGUUUAUUGGCAUUAUCAAGAAGUAGUGGUGCACUGAAAAUAACUGCUGAAUUAAUGUAUUAAUGUGAAUAAUGUCUAGUAUGGAAGAAGCAAGCAGGAGGUAGGAUUUUCACUGUGAACUGGACAAAAGGAAGAGACCAACUGCAUAAAUGAAUGAGGCUGGAGAGACCCUUCCUAUUCUUAAGGAAACUACCCCUAAAAUCUUUAGAAAUAUGGUAUAAGUGCACACAUGCACUCUCUCUCUCGCUCUCUGGCCUUUUUGUAAAGAGCAGUCCCAGUAAUUUAUUUUUAGAAGUGGUGAAAGCAUUAUCAAUCUGUGUGUAAUUCUGAUAUGAGCAAACCUGGAGAACCCAGGUGUCUGAAAUAAAACUUAGUUACUCCUGGUAACCUAGGCACUUUAAAUCUUCUGGUCCUUGGGCUGUAAAUCAGUUUGCAGUAUGUUCUUACACAGUAGACUAAAUACAGUAUAGCAACACUGAAGUCGUUGAAUAAAAGACAUUAUCAAAGUAAUGCAACAAAUUCAAGAUUAACAUGUCAGUUCAGCACAACUGCACCUUUAUUCCCCAGUUACAGUAUUGUGAGGGCACUCACUCUAGGCUUCCAGCUCCUGAGCCAUCACCGCUUUUCAGUGGAGACCCACCUCACCCUCCCUCCUUACCGGAAGAGCAUUUCCUAUACUGUGUUCUCCCUAGCAAAGUCAGGCAGCCUAAGCUGGCCUGCUUUACUUUUCUCCCCAGAAGAUGUUAUACAGUGCAAUUGCCACAGUUAAGCUACCAAACAGCUUUUUCUAAGCAAGCACAUUUAUUUUUAAGGUGAAAAGCAUUACAGAGAAAACUGUAAAACAAUACAAGAACCUACACACAUGUCAAUAACUUUACCAGAGAUCACCCCAGCUCGCCCAAGGUUUUUUUACCUGUGGUUAUAAAUUCAUCACAGCUUCAACUCAGAACAAGAAUCCUCAUUAAUGAGUCAUUUAUUCUUUUAUACAAUUUGUCUUUGAACUGUCCUCAUGUAACAGGUGAUCAAAAGAUGUCCCCCUGAGGAUGAAGCGUCAAAGGCUGAGUCCUUAUAUAGGAGUUUGCAAUCCCCUCUUCCCAAGUACAUCCUAAGAAUUCCACUUCACACGUAUUGUCCAAAAUAUCAUACGUGCCUACUACAUUGCUCAACCUAGUCUUUAGAAGCUCACAGUACUACCCAGAGAUUGCAUUAAUCCUGUCUUCUUCCUAAAGAAGCUCCAUACAAUCCCACAUUGAUACAUAAACAUUUGCAUUUUUAAUACAAUGAACUCUUAAAAUACUUACACUUCAUUCAGUACAGUGUGUCCAAAAUAUUGCAGGAAAUUGCCAUAACUGUUACAUAGCGUAGUAACUGUGGAUGCAUUAUGGUUUAUUCUUUUUCUGAAGGCCAAAAUUUCUCUUCUGUCCAAGAUUAUUAUGGACACCUUAUUGGGAGUGCUUCAUAUUUAGUAUCAUAUACUAGUUCAAUCCAAGGAAGAGCCAAAUAUGAAUCAGGAAGUGUUUUUUUAUUUAUAAAAAGUCAGCUUUCUGUCUUGCUGCACUGUGAGACCAGUGCCUCUGCCUAAACAUUAUUUUUAAAAAAUCCUAAAAUUUUGGUGGAAGCUAGAAAUAAAUAGGGAAUUUAAGUAGAGCUUAUGGCAUGUGAAGAGUAAUAAAUAUACUGAAUGGAAAAAAGUACUAGGGAAUACAAUUAAAGCUAAGCAUAACAAAUUCAAAAGGUACCGAUCUCUUCCUGAAGGAGAGCUUUGUGAGGUGUCAAAUUAAGAAAGUGAUGUCUGGGAUAAAAUUUUGGUGAGGGGAAGGCAGUUAGGAAGUACAAUUACUUGUUCUUGUAGAAGUGCUCUCUCAAUUUGGCCUUUGGGAAUGGUGCUCCCCUUUGCCUGCUGCCUUGUGCUAACCUUUACAUUUGGUGGUGUGAUGCACCCAGAGCACUAAAUGGGAGAGCAAAAAGUGGUUCCCCCUCAUAUCAUUCUUCAAACUUUACAGAUGAUAAUUAAGUCUAAAGCUGACUGCAAAGAAUUACAAAUGGAUCUCACUAAAGUGGGUGUCUUGACAACAAAAUGGCACAGGAAAUUCAGUGUUGGUAAAUGCAAAGUAAUGCACAUUGUAGAACAUAUCCCAACUAUACAUUCAAAAUGAUGGAGUUUAAAUUAGCUGUUAUCACGCAAUAGAGAGAUUUUGAGUCGUUGUGGAUAGUUCUCUGGAAACAUCUGCUCAAUGUUCAGCGGCAGUCAAAAAAGCUAACUGUGUUAGGAGUCAUUCAGCUUGGAAAAGAGACAACUAAGAUGAGUUAUGACAGAGAUCUAUAAAAUCAUGAAUGGAGAAAGUGAAUAGGGAAAUAUUAUUUAUUCUUCCAUAUAAAACAAGAACUAAGGGUCAUCUGAUGAAAUUAAUAGGCAGCAGGUUUAAAGCAAACAAAAGGAAGUACAUCUUCACACAAUGCACAGUCAACCUGUGGAACUCGUUGCUAUGGGAUGUUGUGAAAGCCAAAAGUACAGCCGGGGUUCAAAAAAGUAUUACAUACAUUGAUGGAGGAUAGGUCUUCACUAUUAGCCAAGAUGGUCAGGGAUGCACCCUCAUGCUCUAGGUGCUGCUAAACUGCCGACUGCCGGAAGCUGGGACUGGACAACGGAGCAUGGGUCACUUGAAAUAGCCCUGUUCCAUUUAUUCCUUCUGUAGCAUCUGGCACUGGCCACGGUCAGAAGACAGGAUACUUGGCUAGGUGGACCAUUGUUCUGAGUCAGUAUGGUGGUGGUGGUUGUUCAUCCUAUAGUGAGAUGCUAGCCCAUGGAAAUCCGUCAGCUUAAACGUGCAGAAUGAGAGCACUGAGUGGCACCUUUGGCAACUUCCUACCAUCAGUAAUUCUCUUCCCCUUUCUAGUCCCCCACAGUCUUGGAGGACAGCAGAGAAGCUGCUUGGUGACUCCCUUAUGGGCAGAAGAGGAGCCUCAUGCCAGCUUCCUCUCUUACCACAGAGGGGAGACAGAAGUAAGGCCUCACCCCAAGGACAAGGGAAUGGGCCCCAGCAACAGUGAACACAGAAGAGGUUAUGGAGAGAAUAAAAUAGGGUGGAGCUGUGAAUGAAGUAAUAAUUUUGGAAGAAAAGUAGAAUUGGGAGAAACAAGAUGGAAUGAGAAAGGGAAGAGGUUGAGGUCCAUCUCACAAAGUGGGAUAUGAUGGGUAGAGAGAAUAAGGUGGUGAUGGAGAUGAAGAAAGAAAACACAUUACUAAUACAGGCAAGGAAAUGUGGGGAAAUAACAGAAGGAAGAAAUUUGACCAACUGGAAUGCAGUAUAAUUCAGAGUUCAUAACGACAGUUCAUUAAACAGGAAAAAGAAAACUGUAGAGAAUCAGAUGAGAGGCGAAAUUAGAAAAUUAAAUCAUCUUGGAAGAGAGAGGAGAAAGAGGAUCUUGCAAUAAACAAGACUGAGGAUUAGAUAAACGUGGACACAGUAGCAAGAAAGGAAAGUGUAAUGAAAACAGGAAAAGGGAGUUGGUAAAUUAAAUGAAUUUUUUAAAAUACAUAUUUUUAUGCCAAUUUAGGUAUGAAAACCGUGGUCGGGUCUUGGUGAUGGCCACUAAAACAGUAUGCAGCCGAUGAAGUGAGCUGUAGCUCACGAAAGCUUAUGCUCAAAUAAAUUGGUUAGUCUCUAAGGUGCCACAAGUACUCCUGUUCUUUUUACUAAAACUCUAGCUCCUCUAUUGACUUAUUUUUAACCUCCUUCAGUGAUUAAUUUAUUUUAAACGGGCAUUAAUGACAGCUUGAUUGGCCUUUUCCUGUUCUUGAGUCUUGUGCUCUGUGGAGAGUCUUGUGCAACCCAGUUUACACCAUGUAUCCAGGAGAGUGAGAAUGUAAACACACUACAUUACUGGGUGGGUUAGUGGGAGAGGCCCAGGCCUGGGGCAGAAUAACAUUUUCUUUAUCCACCCCAUAAACAUGGUGUCAAGUAUCAGAGGGGUAGCUGUGUUAGUCUGUAUCCACAAAAACAACGAGGAGUCCGGUGGCACCUUAAAGACAAAUUUAUUUGGGCAUAAGCUUUUGUGGGUAAAAAAUGCAUCUGAAGAAGUGGGCUUUUAACCCAUGAAAGCUUAUGCCCUAAUAAAUUUGUUAGUCUUUAAGGUGCCACCGGACACCACGCAAAACAUGGUGAGUCUCAUACUGUUAUGCAUAAGUCAGUUUGAAAACAAGGUGAUAGUGCUCUCAAAGGCCCUGGCCGCAGCCCGAGGUUGGCCCACUCUGAUAUUGACAUGAAGUGGUACUUGGAAGAGGCUGCAUUCUGAGGAUCUGCACAGUAGCAUCUCUUUGUUUCCUCUCUCUGCUUGAUCAACAGUGGAAGUUUACAUUAUUGACACUUGGGGUCAGAGUCUCAUUUACACUAACAUCUUUACAUUGCAUGGGCAGUGUAAAGUCCUCACAGUGUGAGUAAAUCAUAUUUACGCCCAUUUUAUAUUAAAGUGGUGUAAAGGGGGCCUUAGGUGUUCAUCAUUAGGUUUUGGAGUUAACAUCCCAUUGAUAAAUGGGGAGAGUUCACAUUUUCCUUCAAAUUGUUUUUGUCUGUAGAGUUAGGAAGGCUUCAUUACAUUGGUUCACAUUUUGAAAUUUUCUUGGUGAACAGCAAGAUUACAAGGUUCAUAUUGUGUUAUGAAAGGUAAGUUUCUGGAGCACAGUAUGGGAGCCACAAUGGGAAAAGACCGUCUUGCCAAGCUGCAACAUAUCAAGGGGGUAAAUGUCAUCCUUUGUAAGCUGGCACCAGCAAAUUACAUCAAGGACUAUUCUGAGAGAACAGUAUUUGCUAAAAUACAGGGUUUGCUUACUCCUCUUCACAUCAUAAAGGAUGUUAUCACAGGAGCUAUUGCCAGUAUAAAUUCUUUUCCAAACUAAUUAUUUUUGGAUUUCUCAGGCAUUAGCUAACUCAGCAAAGAUGGCAUACUUGGGCUUUCUGUGGUAACUUACAUAUACUGGGUGUUUUAUAUCUAGAUUCUAGCUGCUAUCCUAAAAGCAGCUUCCAUGCCUUACUUCCUGAGGGGGAUCAGCAUGGACCCCUCUAAACUAAAUACAGUUUCAGGGAUUCUUUAAAAUAAAGACUGGACUUUUCCAGUUACGAAGAAAGGGGAUACUAUAAAGUGCUGCAGGAAGCAAACGUAUGCAGCACUAGAGUUGUAAAUAUUAAUAAUAAUAAUAAUAAUGAAUACUUUUCCACUUUGUGAUCUAUGUGCCUAAAUUGAUAAUUUUAAGACUAGUAUCUUUUCUAAGGGAAGCCAGACAUGCAGUGCAUAACCCAAACACAAAACUUGAUUAACUUUCAGGGUUGGUGAAUGACUUUUUAGCAAAGGAAAAAACAUCUGUAAUGGAAUGUUGGUUACAACUUUGAAGCACACACAAAUCUGGAGAUUCUCUGAUGAGCAGUUAAUAAUUUUCCAGCUAUCUCCCACACUUUCUCAAUGUGUUUAGUGCAGCAUAGAGGCGAUACACCAUCUUCUCUUCUCCCUCCUCAAAACUCUCUCAUGUGUAGGGAGAAUCGUGUGUGUAUGAGAGAGAGGAGAGAUAUUAAAAGGUUUCCUUAAGCCCUAAUUGCAGCCCCAAAUAUGCAUACAUUUUGUAUGGUAAGUUAUGGUCCAAAGUUAUUGCUCUGUUUAACAAUAUUAAAAACAAACAAAUAAAAACCCUCCUCAAUAAACAGCCCUACGUGAAAUCCUGGCCCUGUUGAAAACAAUGGCAAAACUCCCUUUGACUUGAGAAGGGCCAAGGUUUUCCCCCUUGUUUUUCGUAUAAGAGCACGGGUAUGUACUGUAUAUGUGAGAGAGAAUUUAAGCGAAAUUAAAAAAAAAAAAAAAAAAAAAAA